UCAGCGCCCUUACCCACGUGUUUCGUCUGAGCCAUCGUGUGAGUGACCUCUAACAGCAACGUGUAGUUUUGUCGUUUAUUUUGUGGGUGUUUGGAUUUCUGGCUAUGACGUCACCCCAAAUCAGUGAAGAUAUUUUGACAGAGAUUUUUCUGUAUCUUGAUCUUCGAGAUUUGAGCUCAGUUAGUCAAGUUUGCAGUCAGUGGCACGAUGUACUGCUUGACGAAGACUCCUGUAUAUGGGAGAGCCAGUUUCUUAGGAAUGUGCCACUCAAGGCUCAGAAAUCAAAAGUUAUGGAAUCAUUUUCAUCUUACAAGGCAAAGUUAAUUGCUUAUCUUCAUGGCUGGAACCCAAGUGAUUGCUCAAAGAACAUCUAUAUUUUAGACGACGGAUUUACUUAUCACAGGAGGGCAGUAGCUCAGUCCACUGAUGCUGCUCGAGGUCGAAGAGGUUUUCGAUCGGGACGUCACUGUUGGGAGGUAUGGUGGGAAAAGUCACUGGGAUCUCAUGCUGUUAUUGGAGUGGCUUUAAAGCAGGCACGUAUGGAACAGCAAGGUUACCUCAGUUUGAUAGGGAAUAAUGCUUAUUCAUGGGGAUGGAAUGUUGUUGACAAUACGUUGUAUCACAAAGGACGAGUGGGCAAGUUUCCACGAUUUGCCAUUCCAAAGAUUGAACCUAAAGUCAAAGUACGCGUAUUGCUAGAUUGUGAUGAAGGAACAUUGUCGUUUGAGAAAGACAAUUGGUUUCUUGGAGUGGCCUUUAGUGGUCUUCCAACUGAUCAGACUUUAUAUGCUACGGCUUCAUCUGUAUACGGAGAGACAGAAGUAGUUAUGGUGUACAGGGGCUGGCCAAUUGAUGGCUAACAAUUACUACAAAAUGACAGCAAAGCAAAGAUUGUUGUAGCUGCCAUUCUUUGUGUAAAUGUAUUUGUUGACAUUAAUUAACGUUUAUAGUAUCUUAUACUUGAAGUUUGAGAGUAUUAUUGUAGUCAUCCUGUAUUAGACCAUUCUAUUUCUGUUUCUGUAUUUCAAGUACAUCUUUUUUAUU